UAUAGAAUGUAGGCAUGGUAGCCACGAUAUUACGUUCAGUGCAGUUCUGGAAAAAUGGAGAAGACUGAUGCAACAAAGCUUUUUCAGUUAUUUUAGCAAAGUGUAUCAUUUUUACAUUUUGACGGUGAGCAAUGUUCAACUACAAUAUUUGUAAGAUAUCUACAGGUGAUUUUCGGAUAGUACCAAAAAAUUGGUUAUCGAAAAAUAAAGCAACAUUCCAAUGGCCUUCCUACAAAAAUGUAAAUGAGGUUAAUACAGCAAUUUGUAACAUGUGCGAACCAGAAAGUGACUGGGAUGAAAUAAGCUUUGAUAAAAUGUUAAUGUCAAAGGAUGAUUACUCAAGUGCAAAAGACAUUCUACAAAUUAUUCAAAUAGUAUCUGAUGCAGAAUUAUCUGAAUUAGAUGAAACUAAGUUGAAAAAAUCAAGAUCAAAACGUCAUAAAAAAAUAUAUCAAUUUACAAAUGAUGCCACCACUUCAAACGACGAAAGUUACAACAGUGCUAAAUCUACUAAAAAAGUCAAAAAAGUCUCUCAUAAUUUGCCAUUAAAGCCAGCACAAUUUCAAUCUUUUUUGCAAUAUACUACAACUACAAAUAAAUCUUUAGGGUUUGAAAUUUUGAAAAGGAAACAGCAGUUGGUGAUAGUCUUAAUAGUAGUUCUUCAUUAACAUUACCUGCAAACUACGAUAACAAUGAUAAUCAAAGCAGUUCAAUAGUAUAUCAAAAAAGUCUAUUGAAACCAGCUGUACAUUUAACUCGCCUCAGUAGUUCUAACAUUGAAGAAAUGCUUUUAAGUCUUAUAGAUAAAUAUCA